AUACCACACACACCAGAAAGGUGCUCAGGUUGCGAAGUCCCCCGUUUUUAACAGAUUUAAAUUCAAUUAAAUUAAUUUCUCUAAAGCUCCAGACCUCCUCUCCUCGAUGAUGUGGUGCAGUCGCGUGGCUCUUCGCGUGGCUCUCCAGCGGAUCGCCGUUGCGCCGUUAAACUCAUUAAGUAUUACCGGGGGUUUACCGGGCGCCGUGCAGAGAGAGAUGUCGUCUCUACCGCGGGUCUACAUCACGCGACAGAUCCCGCCGGAGGGGCUGAAGAUUCUCAGGGAGUCUGGACAAGUGCAGUUUGAUCUGUGGGACUCAGAUGACGUCCCCGUGCCCCGGAAGGAGUUGCUCCAGAAGGUCAAAGGUGUCGAUGCGCUGGUCUGCGUGCUCACGGAGAAGAUCGACGCCGAGCUAUUGGACGCUGCAGGUCCUAACCUUAAGGUCCUGAGCACCAUGUCAGUGGGUUUUGACCACCUCUCCCUGGAGGAACUAAAGAAAAGGGGGAUCCGUGUGGGUUACACCCCAGAUGUGUUAACAGAUUCUGUAGCUGAACUGACUGUCGCCCUGCUGCUGACCACCUCCAGGAGACUGAUAGAGGCUACGCAUGAAGCCAAGACUGGUGGAUGGGGAACGUGGAGGACUCUGUGGCUGUGUGGAUAUGAACUGGCUAACAGCACCGUGGGAAUCCUGGGACUGGGCAGGAUCGGAGUGGCUAUCGCUGAGCGUCUGAAGCCGUUCAAGGUUAAGAAGUUCAUCUACACGGACGUGGCUCCCCGACCAGAGCUGGCCAGUUUGAUCGACGCAGAAUAUGUCUCUAUGGAUGAGUUGGCCAGUCAGUCUGACUUCCUGUCAGUGUGUUGUGCUCUGACACCAGAGACUAAAGACAUCUGUAACAAGGACCUGUUCUCCAAAAUGAAGAAUACCUCCAUCUUCAUCAACACCAGCAGAGGGGGGGUGGUAGACCAGGAGGAUCUGUAUGAAGCCCUGUCCAGCGGUCAGAUAGCGGGAGCUGGACUCGACGUCACCGUCCCUGAACCCCUGCCCACCAGCCACCCGCUCUUCACCCUUAACAACUGUGUGAUCCUCCCCCACAUUGCCAGUGCGUCCUACUCCACGCGUAAUGCCAUGUCUGCUCUAGCAGCCAACAACCUGCUACUGGGCCUGAAGGGACAGCCAAUGAUCAAAGAGCUCAAGCUGUAGCUGCCAAUCACCUGCUUUCAGAACACCAGAGAAGAACCAAUCACCUGCUUUCGGAACCACCAGAGAAGAACCAAUGAUUGAAGAGCUGUAACUGUAAAUGAUAUAGUUGACUCUGGUCACGAGAGGAGUAGAUUAUAGAGAAUAGUGGUGCUGUUGUCAUCCACCAUUUCCACUCGACAUGGUACAUACCGUAGCACUCAGCACUUCCUCAUGGGAGAUGUUUUUUUAUGAUUUUGUCUCAUAAUAAUAAUGAUAAUAAUAAUGACAAAGGACAACAAUAAACAUGGAACUUUCCCCA